AUGAACUCCUCUGCUAACGUGUCUGUAGACAACUGUACCUGUGAUAAGCUCCUGUCUCAUCUGAGGGGCCUGGAUCAGCACCAGCUGGAGGAAUUCAAACUUGGCCUCCAGUCCCCACAGCUGCUGCCUGAGAACUUCCAGCAGAUCCCCUGGGCCAACUUGAAGGCCGCUGAUCCCACUAACCUGCUGUGUCUGUUGAGUGAAUACUUCCCAGAAAGGCAGAUGUGGGAAGUGACCCUCAGGAUCUUUGAGAGCAUGAAUCUGACUUCACUGUGUGAGGAAGUUAAAACAGAGAUGAAUGAGAUGGCCCAGGCACAGGGACCCCAAGACUCCAACCAAGAGGAACCAGAGAUGCCGGGAGAAGAAUCAGUCCACAGGAGAACAUACAGAGAGAGGAUGAAGGCUAAAAUGCUGGUGAUGUGGGACAAUAUCCAUUGGCCAGAAGACCAUAUAUACCUCUGCAAUGUUACAGAGCAUGAGCAUGAAGUACUGAAGCGCCUGGUAUAUCCUAACAGGACUGGAGCCCAGCCCCAGACAAUAGUCUUGGAGGGGAUGGCAGGGGUUGGGAAGACUACCCUGGCGGUGAAGGUCAUGCUGCACUGGGCAGAGGGCUUUCUCUUUCACCAGAGGUUCUCCUAUGUUUUCUACAUCAGCUGCCAUCGAGUGAGAGAGAUGAAGGACACCACCUUUGCUGACCUGCUUUCCCAGGACUGGCCCAAAUCACAGGCCCCCAUUGAAGAGUUUAUGAGUCACCCAGAGAGGCUACUGUUUAUUAUUGAUGGCUUUGAGGAAAUGACCAUGCCCUCAAACUUGGCUGACAGCCUACAAUGUACAGACUGGUACCAGAAGCUCCCGGUGGCCAGAAUCCUAUUCCACUUGUUGAAGAAAGAACUGGUCCCCACGGCUACCUUACUGAUCACGACCAGGGACUAUAGUAGUAAAGAUCUUAAAAAGUUGUUAUUGAACCCACAAUUUGUACUAAUCUCAGGGUUCACAGAGGGAGACAAGGAGGAGUAUUUCUUCAGGUACUUUGGGGACCAAGACAAAACCAGGAAAAUCUUGCAUUGGAUACAAAAUAACAAAACUCUAUUUCAUUCCUGCUCUGCCCCCCUGGUGUGCUGGAUUGUGUGUUCCUGCCUGAAGCGACAGAUGACAAGAUGUCCUCAUUUCCAGCUGAGCACUCAGACCACUACCAGUCUGUAUGCCUAUUUCUUCUCCAGCUCUUUCACAACAGCAGACUUCAAUUGGUCAGAGCAGAGCUGGCCAGAGCAAUGGAGGGCCCUCUGCUCUCUGGCUGCAGAUGGGAUGUGGUCUUCAAACUUCACAUUUGCAAAAGAGGACAUAGAACAUCAGCACCUGCAGGCGCCACUCAUUGAUUUUCUCUUCAGGCUGAAUAUUCUUCAGAAGGUCAGUGACUGUGAGAAUUGUAUUACCUUCACUCACCAAAGUCUCCAGGUGUUCUUGGGGGCUAUGUUCUAUGUGCUCAGGGGAAUGGAAGGAUCCACCGGGAGUCUCGCAACACAUCAAGAGAUGAGGGUGCUACUGAAUGAUGCCUUCACUGACAAGAACUUCUACUGGCAUCAAAUGGCUCUUUUUUUCUUUGGCCUCUUAAAAAGAGACCUAACAAGAGAACUGGAAGAUACUUUGCAUUGUAGGCUGUCUCCCAGGAUAAUGGAUGAAUUAUUAGAAUGGGCAGAGGAGUUAUUGAAGUAUGACAUGGUUUCCUUCCAUUUUGAAUUCUUCACGUUUUUUCAGUGCUUAUAUGAAACGCAGGAGGAAAACUUUGUAAAGCAGAUUUUGAAUUACCUCCCUGAAGCUGACCUGGACAUUUUAGGGGAUCUACAACUCCAAGUUAGUUCAUUUUGCCUAAAGCACUGUCAAAGAUUAAGUAAGCUAAGGCUUUCUGUCAGCUGUCUCAACCCUCAAAAGGAGUCGACUUUCAACCAAGAGACUCUGAGAAUGGAGCUUGUCAAUCUCAAGAUAUGUCAGUGGGAGGAUAUUUGCUCCGUGUUCCACAAUGGGAACCUGAGUGAGCUGGACCUGAGUAACAGCAAGCUGAAUGCUACAUCUAUGAAGAAACUCUGCUAUAAGCUCAGAAAUCCAAGGUGCAGACUCCAAAAACUGACGUGCAAAUCGGUAACCCCUGUGAGGGUUCUGAAGGAGCUGGUCCUGGUCCUUUAUGGUAACAACAGGCUGACCCACCUGAACUUGAGCUCUAACAACCUGGGAAUUACUGUGUCCACGAUGAUUUUUAGAACCUUGAGACACUCAGCCUGCAACCUCAAGUAUCUGUGCCUGGAGAAAUGCAACCUGUCGGCAGCCAGCUCUGAGGGGCUGGCCUUGCUUCUCACCAGCACCGAGAGAACAACUCGGCUGUGUCUGGGGUUUAAUCAGCUCCAAGAUGACGGUGUAAGGUGGCUGUGUGCUUCCCUGAGUCAACCUGAGUGUGCCUUAGAGAGAUUGGUGCUCUGGUUCUGCCAGCUUGGCAUGCCCAGUUGCAGGUACUUGUCAGAUGCUCUCCUCCAGAACAAGAGUCUGACGCACCUAAAUCUGAGGAAGAACCACCUAGGAGAUGAGGGGGUGAGGCUUCUGUGUGGAGCACUGAGUCAUCCAGACUGCAGCCUGCAGAACCUGGAUUUGUCGGAGUGUUCUGUCACUGCAGAGGGGUGUUGGGAGCUGGCUGACAUCCUCAAGCACAAUCAUAAUGUGAAGGUUUUGGAUCUUGGGAAAAACCGUGUUCAGGAUGAGGGAGUGAGGAGACUGUGUGAGGUUCUCCACGAUUCGCUGUGUGCACUGAACACACUUGGGUUGGAGAAAUGCGAUUUGACGUCUGCUUGCUGCCAGCAUCUUGCCUCCGUUCUCAGAAGCAGUAAAAGCCUGAUGAAUCUGAACCUUUUAGGGAAUGACUUGGGGUCUGAUGGAGUCAACAAGCUGUGGAAGUCUCUGAAAAAAUCAAAGUGCAAACUACGGAAACUCGGGUAA